CGUCGCCCUCAGCCUUCCCACCCCCCGCCCUUCCACCAUGGCCGCCUCUGUGUGGUGCAGGGAGAAGCCGGUCCUCCGUGCCCUCCUAUAGCGCUUACUGCCCCAUCCUUAUCCCCUAGGGGCCGGAUCCAAAGGAACCUUGCUUCCCAACCCUUGGGGGCAGCAGCCAGGAAGGUUUCCUACCCUCUGCUUAAGGGGCAGGACUCAUCUUUAUCCCCCACCUCUUGAGGCAGAAACUUAGGGUCUUCCUUCUCUCAGGGUCAGAAGCCAGAAAGGGCUCCCCGUCUAAUCCUUCAGGGGCGGAAGCCUCGGCUACCCCUCCGCUAGGGGCAUAGAUCCUUUACCCCGAAUAAUUAGGAGCAAGAACUAACGGCUUUCCUUCAGCAUUGCCACUCCAGAGGCAGGACCUAGAGGGCCGUGCCUCUUCUUCCCCUCCUAGGAGCGGCCUUUUGGAGAGGAGGGAGGGGCGGAGUGGACAGGGGCUCCCCUGCCUCUGGCAGCCCAGAGUUCCUCAUUUCUAGGACCUCCUUCCCACCCAUCCACUCCCUGGCCUUUCCCCGUCUCCUGGCUGCAGCCAUGGAGUUACAGAAGGGAAAAGGGGCAGCAGCACCAGCUGCUUCGGUAGCAGCGGGAGGUGGAGGAGGAGCGGGAACAGGAGCCCCAGGAGGGGGGAGGCUGCUACUUUCAACCAGUUUGGAUGCCAAGGAUGAGUUAGAGGAGAGAUUGGAAAGGUGUAUGAGCAUUGUGACAUCGAUGACUACUGGCGUCUCAGAGAGGGAGGCCAACGAUGCCCUCAAUGCCUACGUAUGCAAAGGUCCCCCCCAGCAUGAGGAAAUCUGCCUGGGCCUCUUCACUCUUGUCCUUACUGAACCUGCCCAAGCCCAGAAGUGUUACCGGGACUUGGCUCUGGUGAGUCGUGAUGGCAUGAAUAUUGUCCUGAAUAAAAUCAACCAGAUUCUCAUGGAGAAGUACCUGAAGUUGCAGGAUACCUGUCGUACUCAGUUGGUGUGGUUGGUGCGGGAACUAGUGAAGAGUGGGGUUUUGGGAGCCGAUGGUGUUUGCAUGACGUUCAUGAAGCAGAUUGCAGGUGGGGAUGUUACGGCGAAAAAUAUCUGGUUGGCAGAGAGUGUUCUGGAUAUCCUGACGGAGCAGAGGGAAUGGGUGCUGAAGAGCAGCAUCCUCAUUGCCAUGGCCGUUUACACAUACCUCCGCCUCAUCGUGGACCACCAUGGGACCGCCCAGCUCCAGGCCCUGCGGCAGAAGGAGGUGGACUUCUGCAUUUCGCUGCUUCGGGAACGGUUCAUGGAAUGUUUGAUGAUUGGCCGGGACCUUGUAAGACUACUUCAGAAUGUUGCUAGGAUACCAGAAUUUGAACUGCUUUGGAAAGACAUUAUCCAUAACCCUCAGGCCUUGAGUCCCCAGUUCACAGGUAUCUUGCAGCUUCUUCAAUCAAGAACAUCCCGAAAAUUCCUAGCAUGUCGUCUAACCCCAGACAUGGAGACUAAGCUCCUCUUUAUGACAUCCCGGGUGCGGUUUGGUCAACAAAAGCGGUACCAAGAUUGGUUCCAGCGCCAGUACUUGUCAACCCCAGACAGUCAGUCUCUGCGCUGUGACCUCAUUCGCUAUAUCUGUGGGGUUGUCCACCCAUCUAAUGAAGUGCUCAGUUCAGACAUCUUGCCCCGAUGGGCCAUCAUUGGCUGGCUCCUGACAACAUGCACGUCAAAUGUUGCUGCCUCUAAUGCCAAGCUGGCUUUGUUUUACGACUGGCUGUUCUUCAGCCCAGACAAGGAUAGCAUUAUGAACAUAGAGCCAGCCAUCCUGGUCAUGCAUCACUCCAUGAAGCCCCACCCAGCCAUCACUGCCACACUCCUGGACUUCAUGUGCCGAAUCAUUCCUAAUUUCUAUCCGCCAUUGGAAGGCCACGUCCGGCAGGGUGUCUUUUCCUCCCUCAACCACAUUGUGGAGAAACGGGUCUUGGCGCAUUUGGCUCCGCUGUUUGAUAAUCCUAAAUUGGAUAAGGAGCUGCGGGCAAUGCUGAGAGAGAAGUUUCCUGAGUUCUGCAGUUCGCCCUCCCCACCUGUGGAAGUCAAAAUUGAGGAGCCAGUCUCCAUGGAGAUGGACAACCACAUGUCAGACAAGGAUGAGAGUUGCUACGAUAAUGCAGAAGCAGCCUUCAGUGAUGAUGAGGAGGAUCUCAACAGCAAAGGAAAGAAGAGAGAGUUUCGCUUCCACCCAAUCAAGGAGACAGUCGUGGAGGAGCCCGUUGAUAUCACCCCUUACCUCGACCAGUUGGAUGAGUCUCUGAGGGACAAAGUGCUCCAGCUACAGAAGGGGAGUGAUACGGAGGCCCAGUGUGAGGUCAUGCAGGAAAUCGUGGACCAGGUCCUGGAGGAAGACUUUGACUCGGAGCAGCUGUCUGUCCUUGCUUCCUGCCUACAGGAGCUUUUCAAGGCCCACUUCCGAGGGGAGGUGCUGCCUGAGGAGAUCACUGAAGAGUCCCUGGAAGAAUCUGUGGGGAAGCCUCUCUACCUAAUAUUUAGGAACCUGUGCCAGAUGCAGGAAGACAACAGCAGCUUCUCCCUGCUUUUGGACCUUCUCUCAGAGUUAUAUCAGAAGCAGCCCAAGAUUGGCUACCAUCUGCUCUACUACCUGAGGGCCAGCAAAGCUGCCGCAGGGAAGAUGAACCUGUACGAGUCGUUUGCCCAGGCCACCCAGCUGGGAGAUCUGCACACCUGCCUGAUGAUGGACAUGAAGGCCUGCCAGGAGGAUGACGUGCGGCUGCUCUGCCACCUCACGCCCUCCAUCUACACAGAGUUUCCAGAUGAGACCUUGAGGAGCGGCGAGCUGCUGAACAUGAUCGUGGCUGUGAUUGACUCUGCACAGCUCCAGGAGCUAGUCUGCCAUGUGAUGAUGGGGAACCUGGUCAUGUUUCGAAAAGACUCAGUCCUCAACAUCCUCAACAGAUGUUUCUUCUCUGCCCCUACAGUCCAGAGCCUGGACUGGGAAACCUUUGAGCAGUACUGUGCUUGGCAGCUCUUCCUGGCCCACAACAUCCCCCUGGAGACGAUAAUCCCCAUCCUGCAGCACCUUAAAUACAAGGAGCACCCUGAGGCCCUGUCCUGCCUCCUGCUUCAGCUCCGCAGAGAGAAGCCCAGUGAGGAGAUGGUGAAGAUGGUGCUGAGCCGGCCCUGCCACCCCGACGACCAGUUCACUACCAGCAUCCUGCGGCACUGGUGCAUGAAGCAUGAGGAGCUCCUGGCCGAGCACAUCAAGUCCCUGCUCAUCAAAAACAACAGCUUGCCCCGCAAGAGGCAGAGCCUGAGGAGCUCUAGCAGUAAGCUGGCCCAGCUGACCCUGGAGCAGAUCCUGGAGCACCUGGACAACCUGCGCCUCAACCUGACCAACACCAAGCAGAACUUUUUCAGCCAGACUCCAAUUCUCCAGGCUCUGCAGCACGUCCAGGCGAGCUGUGAUGAAGCCCACAAGAUGAAGUUCAGCGACCUCUUCUCCCUGGCUGAGGAAUACGAGGACUCUUCGACCAAGCCACCCAAGAGCCGGCGAAAAGCAGCUCUGUCCAGCCCGCGAAGUCGAAAGAAUGCCACACAGCCCCCCAAUGCCGAGGAGGAGUCGGGCUCCAGCAGUGCCUCGGAAGAAGAAGACACGAAACCAAAGCCCACCAAGCGGAAACGGAAGGGGUCCUCUGCAGUGGGCUCUGACAGCGACUGAGCCUGUGGUCCCCCCACCCCCAGUUGGACUGCCCUCCUCUCAUUGGUGAAUCAAGGUUAAUAGGGACUGGGGAGAUCGUAGGGGACACGCCCUUUCCCCAUCCCAAAGCUCAAGUCCAGCCUGAGAAGCUGCCAUGCAGCCCCCCAGCCCUUCCACCUUUCCUGGGGAGCCUCCAGCCGGAUCACACUGCCUUUCCCACCCAAUAUUUGGGUUCCCCCUAAGGCCAGAGGCUGUGCAAAACUGUGAGUGCUGAGGAUGUCCACCGGCCUCUGCACCUCCCAUCCCCUCAGAGCUGUUCCCGCAGAGGAGAGAAGGGAAGGGCAGCAGGCUGGAGAAGCUGGCAGGAGAGUAGAGACCCUUCCCUCUUCGGGUCUUGAUUUGCCCUCAACAGACAUUUUAUAGUCACUCUGCAGACACCAAUGUGAAGUGGGUCUCCAGCCCAUGACACGGUCAGGCUGCCCAGGUCUCACCGUGGGGCAUGUGCAGAGUGCUCAGGAAGGAACCUUGGAGGGUGCCCUGCAGGCUUGGGUUGGCUGAGGUUGGCACCUCCAGCUGGGCCAGAGCCCUGGGGAGUCCCAGAGGCAAGUUCCACAGAACUGUCAAGUGGUCCCAUUUCCUUAUUUUUUUUUUUUUUUUGCCAGAGAUAUCAGCAUUUUUAAAGUUGUUUUUAAAUGACAAUAAAACAAGCCAGAACCUCUUUUGUGCUGGAGUUGCUGCCCCCCACCUACCCUGUGCACAUACAGGGGGGUCCCAGUGUAAUUGGUACCCCUAUUUGUGGCCUCAUGACUUCCCCUUUUUGCUUUCCUGCCCUGCCAGGCUUGUCUAGAGCAGGAGGUUCUGGCUCUGUGCCCCAUGCUCCCUGCCACCACUGGGGGCAGGCAAGACACUGACCUGCUGGUGCAAAAAGGGAUGCCAGCACCCUCCCCCAAGGCCCGGAUCCGUUUCUCCUAGAGAGACUUUCUCACAAGCGAAUGUCCGGUGUAGCCACUCUAACUUACUGUGUUGGGGGUUAGAACUGCCUGCUUGGAGGGGAGGGUGGUGGUCAGAACCUGGGGCUUGAAGGACAGAGUGUGCCUGGUGGAGAGACAGUCCAAACACAAGGAAGGAGGAGCCCUCUUCCAGCAGCAGCGUGGCCGCUUGCUGGUCCACGUGGACCAGGAGGAAGGAGCGCCUUGGCUGAACCAUUCCCCUGCUGCCCUGGGAGGUUGAGAGGCCUGCUGAGGGGAGAGGGCCAUAAAGAUAGGGCUGACCACAGACAGCUCCUCCUCUUCUGCUUCGAAUCUGCGUUUUAAAAGUCCAGGUUCUCCCUUUCCUCAAGGCUGCUACUCCUUUGAAAACCUGAACCACUGAAGGCCUCCUCUUUUUUAUUCCUCUCUCCUUCCCCAGUUUCCUCUGCCCCAAUUAAAACCAGGAUGGAAAGCA